AGAUGCGACCGAACUGCAACGUGUGCGCCGGUCAUCCGAACAAGACGCAGAACUGGCAGCGUUCUUACUUCUUCCUCAGAUCUGACAGCUCGGCCUUCGAGGAACCUCCACAAAACGAUUGUCGAGUUCUUUGGAACCGUUCUUGCGGUAGAAUAUUCUGUCGCAAACCGUAAGCGACUUAUUGAUUCUAAUCGUGUCUCCUUUUUCGCUUUGUAUGCAGUUGGCCAUCCUACCUCCCCGAUCUAUCCCGAAGAUUUUUUGAAGAGUGUUCGUGCCGUAUCUCUGCUUCGAACCUAUCGUUGGUCGGAGAUCACCGUUAAGAAGAUCCGUGAGCUUAAAGAUCGAAUCGCGCGAAGAGAGUGGAGAUCUGAUCUUCCGGUCGUUCUUCCUAUUCGUACCAAACGACUAGAUAUCUUCCCGAAGGACAUCCAAAAACAAAUUUCCGAGGCAAAGAGGAUGGGAACUCUUCCUGAUUUGAGUGCGAUACUGUCUGCCCAGCUGGGGUUGAUCGGUGGGGGAGGAUCGUCAGUAGCGGUUCCUCGCGCUGACGCGAUUCCCCCUUCUAAUACCCGCGACGCAGGGAAGGGUAAAAAAAGGAAGAGGGGUGGCUCGGGAACCGAAAGGAGUGCCGAGGGAACGAGCGGCGUUCCUCCUUCAGGUGAACUCCAAACGAAGAAGAAGAGAAAGAGGACAGAGAAGAAGUCUGCUGUCGAGGGAUCAGGGAAUCUCGAGGGACCGACCGAAACUGAGGGGGAGAACGUCCAGGAAGAAGAACUUCGUCCCGAGGAAGAGGUUCCCGCAGAUAGGGCCCUUGGAGAAGAAGGCGACGAGGAAGAAGCCGUCGACGGACAAGAGUCUGAGACUUCUCUUGAAGAUGCGGGCUCAGACAACCUCGCAGAGGAAUCUGAGGGGUCGCCACUUCUGAUAAGAGGGCGCGGCGAUGAAGCUGAUGGCGAGGAGCAACUUCCUGCUCCGAUGUCUCCUCACGCAGAGAUUCCAGCCCGUCCCAAUAUCGGGGCCGUCCAGACUGGUACCUCUUCUCGCGGUGACGCCAUUUUGAGGAGGGUGCCCGGAGUCAGCUUUCCCGACAGAGUUGACUUUCACUACGAGGGGCCGGCUCCGCUGGCGUAUGUUCCGGAAAAAUGCGGGGAGCUCCUUCGUCAGUUUAGAGGAAGGGCGAAACCUUUGCCCGCUGUGGAGGAUCUCGUCUUCGGGGGCGAGUACGAGGAGGCUGCAAGGGCCAAGCUGUUGGGGGAUAGCGCAAUGAACAUCGUGGUCGACAAAUAUGAUACUGCGCUGAAGGGGGCUUUGAACGAGCUCGAGCAGGCCAAGAGGGAGCAUGCGGAGAAAGAAGAGGCUUCUGCUCGUCAGCUAAGUGCAUCGAAGGCCAACGUCGAGAGACUUAACGGGAUGGUCACUCGCGCAAUUGCUCGAAGGGAUGAGCUCAAAGCCGAUUUGGCGGCCUCUCGUGGAGUCAUCCAUGAGUUAGAGCAGAAGAAUGCGGAGCUCGAAGGUGAGAAGGCUUCGCUCGCUGCCUCUCAUGAAAGAGAGAUGAAGCGUCUUAGGGAUUCCAGAAUCCUAGAGGUCACGAAGGAAAGGGGGAGAGUCGAGGCCGAGAUGGCUGCGAAAGCUAACCGUCGCUUUGCGAGGAUCCGUUCCCGAGAAGAACAGCGGGAUGCCUAUGAUAAAGCUAGGUUACUCCAUAGCCAAGCCUUUGGGACCAGGAAAUGUCUUGAAUCCUUAAGGAGGGUUGGGAGCGACAUCUCGCAAUCUGUUAUCGAGAUAUUCGCAGAGCAGGAGAGGAAAUACGAACAAGAGGCCGAGAAACUCAAAGUGGGCGAGAUACCUGCGGAAGAUCUCAUACUCUCUCCUCUUGUGUUGGACUCUCAGUUCGUGGAUGCUCGAAUCUUGGCGAGUCUUGAUCCAUAUGGGUCUAACGCUGGCUUAAUCGACCCUGAGACUGCGCUGACUCUUCACACUCCUCUUACGCAUCCGACUGAAGAACAGCACGCAGACCCCCCCUCCCACGUCGAGGGUCCUUCGACUGCGUUUGAGGGAGAGACGCCUAACCGAGGGAACCUUGUUGCUGAAGAUAAUGCUCCUUUGCUCGUACUUUCGGACACUUCGGCUGAAGGAUCCCGUCGAGGCAAUGAAGGAGAGAAUGUGGGGAUGCUUGAAGAGGUCCCGAGAUCAGAUGAGAUGCACGUCUCUCCGGUUGCUCGCGAGUCGAGUGUUAGGGCUUCAGAACUUUCUGCCCUCAAUGACCGUGAGAGCGAUCGAGAGGGUUAACGUCUUUUGUGUGUUGUUUUCUUUUGAGUCCCGGAGGACUUUUGUUGUUGUUUUUAUUUUGAACCUUUGCCCUCGAGGCUUUUGUUUUGCUGUUUUCUCGCUAUCUCGAACUCUUUUGGUGAUUUAGACUGAUUUACUUUAGAUUUGUCUAUCGAAAUCGUGAUUUCUCAAGAUUUGAAGUGACUCUGCUCGUUCGGUGUAAAUAUUGUUCGAGAUGUCGAAUCAUUAUAAUUUUAAACUUGUUAUGACUUUGUCUCGGUUGACCUCUUUGAGUCGCGACCGUUUGCCAUUUUUAAGCUUAAAUCGUUAAUUUAGAGUUUUCGACUUUGACGGUUCCGCGUCGAUCCCGAUGUAAUUUUCAAGCGUUUGGUUGGCCAGACCUUACUUAGUUAAAUUAUAGGAUGAAUCGGAGUCAUUGUCUCGGCCGUGUUGGUUUAGGUCGCAACGCGGUCGAUUCCCGUGAAUACGUGUCUGAUCAGGACGUAUUCAAUCGUGGGAUGCGAGUGCCGAUACGUUUGUUCGAGGAGCCGGGGCGUGUUCGAGUAGGCAUCGCUUAAGUGAUCGUCUGCUUCGGAGAUCGAUUCCUCGGGGAGGGUUUUUAUAUUUUUUUUUUAUUUCGGCUGG